UUGUUGUAAGUUGUAGUCUUGCGUGUACUUGGCACCUUUGGCAGAUGACAAUCCAAGAAGUGCUUUAUAACCUUAUAUACUAUUCGGUGAAUUUAAAUAAGUACAAAAAUUCAUUUAUGAUUGAUGUUGAUUUUGGUGUGUACUUAAAAUCUGUACUUAAAGCCGAAAUUAAAUUAAAACAAUACUUAUGAGCAAUAAUGAGUGGACAAAAAUUUCAAUAUGACGAGAGUGGUGGAACAUUUUUCUACUUUCUUCUCUCAUUUUUGGCUUUACUUUUGGUACCUGCAACUUAUUACUUGUGGCCACGUUGUUCUAAACCAGAUCCAAACCAGUUGGCAAAAGAGUGUAACUGCGAUGGGUGUAAAAAGAAAAAGAAAAUAUUGCAAUUGAAUGAUCCGUGGAAAGAAACGAGAUCAUUUUCCAAAAAAGUAUUAAUAAUAAUCGGAUGGAUAGCAUUACUUUUCCUGGCAUAUAAAGUAUCGCAAUUUGAUUAUGAAAUGGCAAAUUUCGAUCCAUUUGAAAUCCUCGGUGUUUCACAGGGAUCGUCACAAGCAGAAAUAAAGAAAGCAUAUCGGAAAUUAUCACUUAUUUUGCAUCCUGACAAAGAAACAGGAAAUGAAAAGGCAUUUAUGAAAUUAACCAAAGCUUAUCAGGCGUUAACGGAUGAUGAAGCACGAAAGAAUUGGGAAAAAUACGGGAAUCCUGAUGGUCCGGGUGCAAUGAGUUUUGGAAUAGCGUUGCCUUCUUGGAUUGUUGAAAAAGAAAAUUCAGUUUGGGUCUUGGGAUUAUAUGCGUUGGUUUUUAUGGUCGCUUUACCAACAGUUGUCGGAAUGUGGUGGUACAAAAGUAUACGCUACACUGGCGAUCAAGUUUUACUCUCAACAACUGAACUUUAUUAUUCGUUUUUCUUUCACACACCAACAAUGUCGAUAAAGAGGAUAAUUAUGGUUCUUGGAGCUUCUUUUGAGUUUUCAAAGAGAUUUAACGCCGAAAUUGUCGAGAGACUCUCUGAUAAUGAAGAAGUCCCUGCGCUUAUUAAGCAGUUGAGUGACUUGAGGGAGAAAAAUAAAGAGGCUCCACUUUGUCAUUUAUAUUCGAUAAAGGCAAGAGCAAUAUUGCAUGCACACUUAUCUGGUAUUCCACUGAAUCCUGAAACUUUGGAGAAAGACAGACAGUAUAUUAUUAAAAAAUGUCCGUACCUAAUUCAGGAAAUGAUUGCCGCUGUGAAUUUAUUAAUCAGUUUGGCCUACAUCAGACGAAUCGCUCAUUUGCCAACUAUUGAGACUAUAGAAAAUUGUAUGAAACUGUGUCCUAUGGUGGUUCAGGGAUUCUGGGAGCAUAAAAAUCCUCUUCUUCAACUACCUCACAUUAAGGAAGAACAUCUUAAACAUUUCUUAGCCAAAAAGCGACAAAUCAAAAGUCUUCAACAAUUAGCUCAAUUGAAAGGAGAAGACAGAAGACAACUGUUACGAAAUCUAACAGAAAGUGAAUACAACGAUGUAAUGAAAGUACUCGGCAGUCUGCCUUUUGUCGACUUCAAAGUUCGUUCAGAAGUGAUCGACGAUGAGAAUCCAACAGUUUAUACUGCUGGGGCAAUAGUGACAGUGACUGUGUCACUUUCUCGUAAGGAUAUGAAUCAUUUGUUCGGUGACGAGACAGUUAAGGAGCAAACGAUAAUCGAUGAUGCUAAAGUGGAAGUGGUGAAGGAAAAGGAAAAAGAAAAGGAAACGUCUGACGAGCAAAAUCAAACAGUAAAACGUCCCGCUUGGCUUAAACAGCAGAAGGGUCAGAAAAAGUCCCACAAUAAACGAGGUGGUAAUAAAAAAGUGCCCACUGCCAAAGCAAUAGCUGCACAAAUACCGACUGAAAAUCACACAAGUCAGCAAAAUAGCACUGUAAACGAGAAGAAGAAGAAUGAAAGUAAAGUACUUAAGGAAAAGAGUUCUGAUGUUAGUGACAGUGAAGCGGACAGCGAGAGAAGCGAUGACGAGGAGAGUACUCAAGAGAAGAAGGAAACUACUAUUGAUGACGAUGACAUCGAGUGGGAGAGAUUUCAGCAGAGAUCGAAGAAGAGAGACAAGGUUCUGGAAGGCAGAAGUAAUCUCUCUCACCAAGUGCACAGUCCCUUUUUCCCUGACGUAAAGCAGGAAUACUGGUGGGUUUACAUCUGCGAUAGAAAGAGUCGAACCCUGUUGACUGCGCCAGUGCACGUUACCUCUUUAGUUGACACCGAAGAAAUUCAGCUGCGUUUCACGGCCCCAAGAUGGCCGAAUUUAUACACCUUUACAGUCUGUCUACGCAGUGAUUCUUAUCUUGGUUUCGACCAAGCCCAAGACAUCAAGUUGGAUGUGAAGGAAGCGCCCGAAGUUCCGGUUGAGCAUCCUCAAUGGGAUAUGUCUGAUGAAGAGACGGCUGAGGAUGUGGACAAUGUCGAUGAACAUUCCGAGUUCACCACUGACGAGGAUAUCAGUGACAAUGAAUAAUAAAAAUAAAGAAAAAAAGAAAGAAAGAAUAUUUAUCAAGGCUCCAUUAUGGGAAUGGUCCUCCAGAUUGUGAAUUUUUAUGUUUUUUACUUCUGAAUAUUAGACUGAAAAAAAGGGUGUUUUCUAAGUGGAACAAUAGUGCAUAAAUGUGAGACUAGUGCAACAUUCGACAUUUCUCAGUAACCAAGGUCAUUAAUCGUGAAUGAAAAAUGAUAUUUAUUUUAACAUUGUUGCUCGAUUAUUGAUCUUAGAAACUAUCUGUGCACAACUUUUUAAUAAAAUGAAAUUGUCUAUACGUUUAA